AUGGCCACCACAACUCUCAAGGGGACGCCCUUCGAUCGUCAAGUCCUAGACUCUAUGCUUCGACGGCGCUUGUUCUACACCCCUUCCUUUGAGAUUUACAACGGUACAGCUGGUCUGUACGAUUAUGGCCCCCCGGGAUGUGCCCUACAAGCAAACAUAAUCGAUUUGUGGCGGAAGCAUUUCGUUUUGGAAGAAGACAUGUUGGAGGUCGACUGCACCGCUCUGACUCCCGCUGAGAUAUUGAAGACUAGUGGCCAUGUCGACAAAUUUGCAGAUUGGAUGUGCAAAGACCCCAAAAACGGCGACAUCAUCCGGGCCGACCAUUUUGUGGAAGAGAUCUUAGAAUCGCGCCUCAAGGGAGACAAGGCUGCUAGGGGUGUCACAGUCGCUGCAAAGGAGGAAGACCCAAAGAAAAAGAAGAAGAAGACCAAGGGUAUUGCGGAAGCUGUGAAGUUGGAGGAUGCGGUGGUCAAAGAGUACGAAGAAGUCUUAGCAAAAAUCGACAACUAUAAUGGCGAAGAAUUGGGCGAGCUUAUCAAGAAGUAUGAGCUAAAAAACCCAGCAACUGAUGUCCAACCUGAACCUCCUGUCGCAUUCAACCUUAUGUUCCAGACUGCCAUUGGUCCAAGUAGUAAUGCACCCGGAUACUUGCGCCCAGAAACUGCUCAGGGACAGUUUGUCAACUUCGCAAAACUGCUGGAAUUCAAUCAGCAACAGAUGCCAUUUGCAUCGGCCUCAAUUGGGAAGUCUUUUAGAAACGAGAUCUCUCCGCGAUCUGGUCUUCUGCGUGUUCGAGAGUUUUUGAUGGCCGAGAUUGAGCAUUUUGUUGACCCAGAAGGUGGAAAGAAGCACCCACGGUUCCACGAGGUCGCGGACAUUGAGCUUGUGCUGUUGAACAAGCACACCCAACUCUCCGGCAAGACAGACCUGGACAAAGUCACAAUUGGGAAAGCCGUUGCUGAUGGUACGGUCGACAAUGAGACUCUUGGCUAUUUCUUGGCUCGUAUACAUCUUUUCCUUAAGAAGAUUGGCGUCGACCAGUCGAAGAUAAGAUUUAGGCAGCACAUGGCAAAUGAGAUGGCUCACUACGCCGCCGACUGCUGGGAUGCCGAAUUGCAGACAAGCUACGGCUGGAUUGAGUGUGUUGGUUGUGCUGAUAGAAGUGCUUACGAUCUUACCGUUCACGCGAAAAAGACUGGUGCACCGCUGUUUGUUCGAGAACGUCUGGAUAAGCCUAUCACUAUCGAGGAGUGGCAAAUUGACCUUGACAAGAAGAAAUUUGGUCCUUUCUUCAAGAAAGAUGGAAAAACCAUUGAAACGGCUAUCGAAGCCCUAUCCCAGGAAAAGCGUGAAGCACUUGCCCAAGAUCUGAAGGCAGACGGCAAGAUAACUGUCGAUGUUGAAGGUGUAGGAAACGGCAAAGUAGAGGUCAGCAAAGACUUGAUCGCCAUUGAGCGGAGGACGCGGACGGAAAACACGCGGGAAUAUACCCCGAAUGUGAUUGAGCCUUCAUUUGGUAUUGGUCGGAUCCUAUAUUGUCUGUUUGAGCAUAACUACUGGACUCGUGGUAGCGAUGGCGGCGACGAAGCUCGUGGGGUUCUUUCGUUCCCUCCUACAGUUGCGCCCACUAAAGUCCUGCUCGUACCCCUAUCGUCUAAUGAGAGCUUCAAGCCUUUGGUCAAAGACAUGUCUCUCAAGCUCCGCGCACUUGGCAUCUCAAGUAGAGUAGACGAUUCAUCCGCAUCUAUUGGCAAGCGGUACAGCCGUAAUGACGAACUGGGCACUCCUCUUGGUAUUACGAUUGAUUUCCAAAGUGUGAAAGACAAAACCUUCACCCUCAGAGACCGCGACUCAACCAAGCAAGUUCGUGCCGACGAAGACUCCAUAUUUGCCGCAAUUAGAUCCUUGGUUGAUGGCAGUAAAGUAUGGGCCGACAUUGAAAAGGAACUACCUGUCUUUGAGGGCCAGGAUCUUGAAGCAGAACUUCCUGUCCGCUAA